AUGAAUGAUACUCUUGAGAAAACAGCCUUUCCCUUCAAAAUUUCAGAUGUUGAUACAGCGAUGUGUCUGGUUGAUUUAAAAACCCACGCAUGUACCUUCCAAGAUUACCUGUUCAAUAGAUGGCAAGGUGUCCGACCACUUACGCCACCUAACAACAUAAACCAAUAUUUGCCAACGGACGGCAAGGCUAACCUGGCCGACGAUACCAGAAACCAUUUCUAUGAUGCAGAAUUGCAGCAUCUUGCCGAGCACAUCGACACAACCCUAAGUCGACCAUUCUUGGUCCUCGGUGGGACAAGCACCCGGUUUGGCACUCAAAAAGUCCAUACAGAAUUGUUUAUUGAGAUUGGCAAUUCUGUGGUGCGCGAGCAAGAGCGCCCACAAGCCCAAUGCCUCGCACAAGACAGGAUUAUCAUCCUGACAGCCCAAGAUGGCAGGUAUCCUCUUCCGAGCCCAGUUCUCAUUGACGCGCACUAUUCAAUUGCGAGAAUAAGUCACGCAACCGGCUGUGGAGAGAUUGUUCGUCAAAUACUACGAAUUUACGAUGCACUUCCUACACUUGCUAGAGACGGGACAACCAAUGUAGCUCGACUACUAUUGAUUACUACUCUAGGGCCUUUCGCACGCUCGAAGCUGGGAGAUGAUAAUGAGAAUGUUGGUUCUGGUGCAGUGGACGCUCGCCCUAUCGGUAGAGGCUUAUGGAGGAAAAUGAUAGUUGAACAGCCGUUUGAUGUACUACUCCUUCGAAUUUAUGGAGUUUAUCAGCAGGAAGUGUCCGCCUAA